AUGCAGCUAGGGGUAGAGCACACGGAUGUGGCUGUUCAUUAUCCCGGGACGCCCUGGACGGGCCAUGAAAAAGUUCCCAGCACCUUGCUGCUUUUGAAGGAAACCGGGGAACCAGCCGGGCACGCGGCCCUCCGGGGGCGGGUUCCGGCCGAAUUCCUAGUUCGCGUGUCUCCCGGAGGUGGUGGCCUGGCCGCUGCCCCGGACCCCGGCCUUUGCUCCCCGUUCGUUCUUGGAAUCCCCAGUUGGAGCCGCUGCUUCCUGGUCACCGCCCGGCCCACCGCCGUCAACAUGGCCCGCGCCGCGCGCGACCUGGCCGACGCCGCCGCCCGCGAGGCCGAGCGGGAGGGCGCUACGGAGGAGGCGGUCCGCGAGAGAGUGAUCCGCUGUGCCGAGGACAUGCUGGAGAAGGACCUCAGGGACAAUCGGAGCAUCGGGGACCUGGGAGCCCGCCACCUCCUGGAGCGGGCAGCCCCCGGGGGCGGGAAGGUGACCGUGCUGACCCACUGUAACACCGGGGCACUGGCCACCGCGGGCUAUGGCACAGCCCUAGGUGUGAUCCGCUCGCUGCACAGCCUGGGCCGCCUGGAACACGCCUUCUGCACGGAGACCCGGCCCUACAACCAGGGCGCCCGGCUCACGGCCUUCGAGCUGGUCUACGAGCAGAUCCCUGGCACACUCAUCGCCGACAGCAUGGCGGCCGCCGCCAUGGCGCACCGGGGCGUGUCAGCCGUCGUCGUGGGAGCCGACCGCGUGGUUGCCAACGGCGACACGGCCAACAAGGUGGGCACCUACCAGCUGGCCAUCGCCGCCAAGCACCACGGCAUCCCCUUCUACGUGGCCGCCCCCAGCUCCUCGUGUGACCUCCGCCUGGAGACGGGCCGGGAGAUUGUCAUCGAGGAGCGCCCGGGCCGGGAGCUGACCGACGUCGGCGGGGUCAGGAUCGCGGCGCCCGGGAUUGGGGUCUGGAAUCCUGCCUUCGAUGUCACCCCUCACGACCUCAUCACCGGUGGCAUCAUUACAGAGCUGGGCGUCUUUGCCCCUGAGGAGCUCCGGGCAGCCCUGAGUGCCACCGUCUCCUGAGUGGGGACCCCUGGAUGGACCCCAGAAGUCACCAACCCGGCUUUCCAUACCCUGCCCCCUCCCCUCUAUGUUUUUUAAUAAACUUACUGAAUGGCUUGUCCCAAAUCUGACCUUCUUCCCCAACCACACUUCUUCUAGAGCAGGGAGAGCACACAGGGCCUUUGCAUGGCUCUCGAGAGCCCAGCAGCUGGAGGCAGGCUGCCCAAGUUCAAAUCCCAGCCCUGCACUUUUUCCACUGUGUGGUCUUGGCCAGGUCACGUCACAUCUCCAUGCUGUGGUUUCCUCGUUUACAAAAUGGGGACAACACUAGUACCAC